UAGUUCUUCUUAUUCUUCUUCUCUGUGAUCUUCUCUGGCUAUUCUCUUACGUCUUCAAAAGCCUAGGGACCGAGUUGAAGCAAAUUAUAUCCGAAACGACAUGGGAAGAUCACCUUGUUGUGACAAGAAUGGUCUGAAGAAGGGCCCCUGGACUCCUGAAGAAGAUCAGAAACUCAUUGAUUAUAUUCAGAAGCAUGGCUAUGGCAACUGGAGGACACUUCCUAAGAAUGCUGGGUUGCAAAGGUGUGGAAAGAGCUGUCGUCUCCGUUGGACCAACUAUCUCCGGCCAGAUAUCAAACGAGGUCGUUUCUCUUUCGAAGAGGAGGAGACCAUCAUUCAGCUUCACAGCAUUCUCGGCAACAAGUGGUCGGCGAUUGCUUCUCGUUUGCCGGGAAGAACAGACAACGAGAUAAAGAACUACUGGAACACUCACAUUCGUAAGAGGCUUCUUCGUAUGGGGAUUGAUCCUGUGACUCACUCCCCACGUUUAGACCUUCUGGACCUCUCUUCCAUUCUCUAUGCUUCAUCAUCUUCUUCCUCACACCUCAACAAUAACGAUCUUUCAAGCCUGCAACUCGGCGGCAUGCAGGCUCCUUUACUUAACCCACACUUUCUCAAGCUAGCUUCUUCCCUCCUUUCAACUCAACGAAGAGAUCAUCCCCAAAACCUCAACUUCUGCAAUCAACAAAUCCCAGAUGCCUCACUGUUUCAACAAGAAAUGGCUUUACCUGGAUCACAGCCAAUGCUCCAACCCAAUGUAGAUCUAGAUCCUUACAUUUCUGCGAACUUCGCCGAGUUUGGCGAUUGGCAAAACAAUAACAGUGGGAUAGCUUCUUCAACUAAUGCUCUAACACAGGACUAUGUUCCUGAAUUGUUACCGAGCUUCCAAUACUACAGUUCCGAUAAUCAGUAUCAGAAUCUUAUGGACCUGCAGAAUAAUAACAACACCAACUUCAGCUUGGCCUCAGUUCAAUCCACACCAUCGAAUUCGAAUUCAACGUACAUCAAUGGAGGAAGCUGCAGCACGGAGGAUGAAAGAGAGAGCUAUAACAGCAGCAACAUGUUCAAGUUUGAAAUCCCAGAGAUUUUAGAUGUUAAUGACUUCAUGUAAUGUUGUUUGUAAUUAGUAAAUCAUUAAAGUCAGCCAAACAGGUUGAUUUUAUUUGCUUAUAGAUUUCCCCGCCUACUUUUCUGGGCUAUAUAGCUAUACCCACAUAUAGCUUCUGGUUGGAUAUUGCCUCUUCUGCCGGCGGCUUCCAUAAUACCUGUAACAUUUUCUAAUCUUUUUCA